AUGCCGGUGUUGGCUCCCGUGAUUAUCACCACCUUCCCCUCCAGCUUAGCUGUUGACUUACACUGGCCUCCGGCGACAUACCUCCUGCGAGAGAGGCCGGCAGCGCUCAGGGACGAGGUCCGAGGGCACCCUCCCUCCUCGGGGGCCUCGGGCCAGGGCUCGGCACCCAGAGCCCCAGCCGAGCGGCUGUGUGGAGAGACGCGCGAGAGGCACUUUCACAACCUGGCGCCAAAGUUCCUGCUCCCAGCCCCAGCAAAACCUGUGAAGCGAUGCACGCGUACACAGGAGAAGAAAAAACUGAUUCGAGAAUUUGAUGAGAAACAGCGUGAAGCAAAUGAAACGCUGCGGGAAAUGGAGGAAGAACUGAAGUAUGCUCCUCUGCCUUUCCGCAACCAAAUGAUGAGCAAAAUCCGGGCAUAUAGAAGAGAUCUAUCCAUGUUCCAGAGAGAGAUGAGAAGCACAGAUUUGGGAUUGGGCCCUGGAAGUCAAGGCAAUAUGAAAUACGGAAUCUUCUCCACAGAAAAUGAACAGAGUACUAAUCUGCAGUCACAGAGGGUGAUGCUUCUCCAGGGAACAGACAGCCUGAACAGAGCCAGUCAGAGCAUUGAGCGCUCGCACCGAAUUGCUGCUGAAACAGACCAGAUUGGCACCGAUAUAAUUGAAGAACUUGGGGAGCAGCGGGAGCAACUAGAACGCACCAAGAGCAGAUUGGUGAAUACAAGUGAGAACUUGAGCAAGAGUCGCAAGAUUCUACGUUCUAUGUCCAGGCGAGUUACCACUAAUAAGUUGUUGCUGUCAAUUAUCAUCAUCCUGGAACUAGCCAUCCUAGGAGGUGUGGUCUACUACAAGUUCUUUCGCAACAGAUGAAUCUUCAUGACUGAGUUGAGUUUUUCCACUGUUGAACCAGAAGGGCUGUCUGUUUCCUUUGACUGUCUGAGGACUGAACUGUCUCAUGAGACAGCAUGGUCAACUGGAACUGUACUGACACUAGAGAGACAGAGAAAAGGGGAGUAAAAGGAAAAUGCAGAUACAGACUUGAACUACUGGUAAGAUUAAUAAGAAGGUAAUAAAUAUUUUAUUGUCUCCAUUUGUAUAUACUUCACAAAAUGAAUAAAUCUUGGUAUGUAAUAAAGUAGCCACCAAUCAGUGGAAAAGCUAGUUUAUUUAAAAAUGGAGAAGUUAACAGUAUUUGCCAAGUGUUGACAAUCUAUCCACUCAAGUGCCUCAG